UGUCUGACCUGAUAAAAAUAAUAUUUGAUUAAUAUUCAGUUCAUAAAAUCGUCUAUAUAUAUUAAAUACAUUUUUCUAUCAUAAUUACGUAUCAAUCUAUCAAUCACAUUAACUUUCAAAAGCGGCAACACUGUCUGUUUGUGGAUAAAAAAUUUCAGAAUCGUUAAUAAUCAAAGAUUUUGACAGAAGUUCCGCCUCUGUAAUAUAUAACGUGUCAUGGUUUCGUUAGAAUUUAAAGCAAAGAUAUGCAUAGUGAAUUUUGGUUUUAUGUACAACACAAAUGAAGAGAGACUGAGAAAUUGAGAACUGCUGAGAGCUGAGACUGAACACUGAUCCAUCGAAUUGCACCAAACUACGCUGAAUUGAACGAACUUUGACAGCUGACAAGUCUUCUCUUACGUGUGUGAAGUGCUGCUAAUGUCGCAUGUUACUAUCAGUUAUGUGCAUAGAUAUUUCGCACAGCUUAUCAAUUCAUAAUAAAUUUCAUUAAUUAUAGUAUAUCGUAAUAGAAUUUCUCGAUCGAAAUACCAUAAUAAAAUGUAAUUUUUUUGUAAGUAACGUUGCAUUGAUUUAAUAAUCAAACGACACCAGCAUAAUGGGAAACUUGCAUACUUACGUUUUUAAUAUAUUUUAAUUGUAUUACCUUAUUAAGGUAAUUAACAAAUUUAUGAGAAUUCACGUAAUGGCCUCAGCCAUGGAGCAACAACAGCAGCAGCAACAACAACAACAACAGCAACAGCAGCAGACCACCCUGGAAUUUUACCAGGCAAUGGCUGAUUUUAAAAACAUGUUCCCACAAAUGGAUGACGAUGUGAUAGAGGCUGUAUUAAGAUCUAAUCAAGGGGCAGUAGAUACUACAAUUGAUCAGUUACUUACUAUGAGUACAGACAACGAAAAUGAAAAGAUUAGAAGCGAAUUAGAACAAAAUGAAAAAUCACCGAGUACCUCUAAGUCUCCAAAAGCUGAUUCAAGUGUAGCCUUAAAAAGUAUACGUAAAUGGCAGCCUGCUCUACUAGGACCAUUACCAGAAACAUUUCUCAGAGUCACGCAAGUUCCAGAAGACAAUCAUGACUCGUAUUCAAAAGAAAAUUCAAUGUUGGAGGAUGAAAGAAUCUUUAUGUUUCUUCAGAAUGAAGAAUUCAUGGCUGAAUUACGUUGGAAUGAAGAUUUUCUGUCAACAUUGGAAAGUGACUCAAAAGUACCAGGGGCGAAUCUCGAAAAAUAUGGUCAAGCUGGCCAUGAUGAUGAAGAUCUUUUCAAAGAAAGACUAAAACAUAUGGGCAAAGUGUCUCGACGUAAGUUCGCGCAACUUACCAAAGUAUUUACACGCAGUAAAAAACGUGGAGGUAGGCAAUUACUAACACCAACAGCUUCUUGUGAUGACUUACUGAAUCCUGAAGAGUCCUCUAGAUCUCAAUCUUAGAAAUCUUACUGAUAUUCCUUACUUUAUUUAAAAGAAAAGACAACUUCAGCAACUCAUAACUAUAGUCCAUAUGUCGUCCAAAAAUGUGGAAAAAGCAUAUCUAUAUUAAUGCACUUAAACAAGAAGCUACAAGGCAGACUUACAUAGAAAUUGAUUUGCUUCUAAAAAUUGUACAAAUUAGAGAACAGUUAGAAAUUCGUUUUUGGUUGUGAUAUCACAUGCAGUAAUUAAUGUAUUAUUAUAAUAAUGUAUCUAUUACACUGCUUGGAUAUAAUUUCACCCACAAGCUCAGAAAGAUCAAAAUGCAAAAUAUAAAAGUAAUAUCUAUA